AUUGACUCCAUGUUCAGCUGAGAAAUCAAGAAAAACAGGUAACAGGAGGGAGUGGCGACUGCACGGAAUUUAACAUCAGCUGUGGGGUGACAAUGACAAACUAAAUCAGCGGGACUCUCUGAGCUUACUGAAAAAAGUUAUUGACAGGACAGGAUGGCAGCCUGGACGGUGUGGACCCUCUUGCUGUGUGCAGUCCUCACUGGACAAGGGUCAAAGUCGCAGGAUUGUGGAGUAGCACCCCUGAACACAAGGGUAGUUGGUGGUGUAAAUGCCACAGCCGGGUCAUGGCCCUGGCAGGUCAGCAUGCACAGCACUUCAUCGCGAACACACUUCUGUGGAGGGACCCUAGUCAGUAACCAGUGGAUCCUCACAGCAGCCCACUGCAUUAUAAGCAACAUACUUAGUUCAUAUACUCUCUACCUUGGAAGAGAGACUCAGUCCGGCCCUAACGUUCAUGAGGUGAGCAGCACUGUGUCCAAGAUCAUUGUCCAUCCGGACUACAAUAACAAAAGGUUUAACAACGACAUCGCCCUGAUAGAACUCAGCAACCCUGUCACUUUCAAUGACUACAUCAGACCCGUGUGCCUGGCAAGUAACUCCAGCCAGUUUCACAACUCCACCUCCUGCUGGGCCACUGGUUGGGGCCAAAUAGGAAAGGAUGAGGCCUUACCGACUAAAUACUCGCUGCAAGAGGUUCAGAUUCCUGUCAUUGGAGGAAAUCAGUGCAGUUGCAUCUACCGCAAACAAAUUAACAUCACUAAUGAAAUGAUUUGUGCGGGACAAGAGAACAAAGGAAUAUGUCAGGGGGACUCCGGUGGUCCUUUGCAAUGCAAACAAUCCUCAGUGUGGAUCCAGUCUGGCAUUACAAGUUUUGGAAUACCGUGUGCCACAGCUGGUUACCCUGAAGUCUACGCCCGAGUGUCUCAGUUCGAGGCUUGGAUCAUAGAUAAUGUGGCGGGGGCAAAGGUAAACUUUGUGACUUUCAAAUCCAGCGGCACCGACCAAGACAACAGCUUUGUGUGUCGCAGCUCAAAUACAACCACAAAUUCCACAGCAGCAACUGUUUUUCCUGAGCUUACAUUUGUUGUCAUUGCUGUGACAUUGUUCCUGCAGCACACUGUAGCUCAAUAGCGCUAACAACUUCUCAGUGUCUUCUUCUGUUGUGUUGGGCUAUGAUUGUGUCAUAACUUAUUUUACUAAAAUUCUACGUAUAAUGUAUAUACUACAUCAGUUUGAUCACUGAUGUUUUGGGGCAUCUUUUUGUGUCUGUUGAAAGUGUUUUGCACCUUAAAUGAUUUCCUAUUGACCUAUUUUGAUGUACCACAAAUUUGAUAAAAAAUGCAUCUGAAAUACCAAUGAUUGAAACAGCUUAUGGUAUAAAGCCAUUUAUGUGAUCAGUUGCACUACAACACCCUUUAUACUAAUAAAACACGGUCUGUUUUUCUCUAUCAAAAUAGCAUCAUAUUUAAGUUUGAUUAACUUCACACAUCACACCAGCAAGGAGCUGAAUACUCACUGUGGCUACAGUGGAGCAUGACUCACUAAGACACGUAACCUACCACAUGAUUACUGUUCUUGUGUGAAUGAUGAUUGAGAAUAUAAUGGUUGUGAAUAAAGUAGGCAUUUAUACCUUUGUACGCCA